AUGUGCGAGCACGAGAUCAUCGGUGACUACUAUAGGGGUUGCAAGCACUUCCACGGCCGGUACUUCACAGGCGAAAAGGAGGACUGUGGCUCCCCGACAUGUAAGACGAGCGCCGCGCACGCCCACCCGCACACGACGACCUGUCGCUGUCCGACGGUCGCGACGGAGAAGCGGCGGGUGCAGAACAUGUACCAGACGAAGCAUCCCGAUUGCGGGUAG